AGCCGAGUGAUAACCAACACACACUAUGAAAUUCUUCGUUGCCUUCCUAGCCCUCGCGGCUGUCGCUGCCGCUGACGUCAGCCACCUCGUCCAGAAGGAGUACCGUGGCCCCGAGGCCGACGCCUCCGUCAUCAGGAACGACCAGGACGUCUCCCACGACGGCUUCGCCUACGGAUUCGAGACCAGCAACGGCAUCGCCGCCCAGGCUAGCGGACAACUGAGGGGAGUCCCCGCUGAGGGUGAGGCUGUAGUCCAGGCCGGUCAAUCCCACUACGUCGCCCCCGACGGUCAGUCCAUCGACCUCACCUGGGUUGCUGACGAGAACGGUUUUCAGCCCCAGGGUGCCCAUCUGCCAACCCCCCCAGCUCCCCAGGCCAUCCCCGAAUACAUCCUCAGGUCUCUUGAGUUCAUCGCCGCCCACCCACCAAAACCCGAGAACGUCGCCCGCGCCUAAGCUAAUUUAGUCACCACUGCCAACAAAUACUCUCUAGUCUUAUAAAAUGGAGAAAUAAACA